GGAAAGAAAGUCAGACAGUAUAGAGACAGAGGGACAAGGAGCUGUAAGCCUCACACACUCCCACUGCAAAGACACACCUAACAGCCAAGGAGCGUGAAAUUUGGCAUCCAUCAUCACCGCCAGUUUACCUUUUUAACCUAUAGCUUCAUCACUUUAGGGAAAGAUGGCUCCAAUAGCGAACUGUGACCACUGAUGUUGGUUUCCUCCAUUAUUGUUUGUUUCUUUUUUUUUGAGAUACUGUUUGUGUUAAACUUUCAGGAUUUUGUUUCUCCCCUCUGCAUCUUCUUCUGGAAUUACCAUCCCUCCUUAUUUGGACUUUCUCGAGCCAACUCUGCCGAUGCUGACUGACCCGUGUGGAGCCAUGUCCAUGGGGUCAGACGUUCGAGAUCUGACCCUCUUAUCUCCAGCGCCUCCCAUGCCGUCCUUACCAGGAGCCGGUGGCGGCUGUGGGAUGUCUGUCGCUGGUGGGGGACAGUGGACCCAACUGCUGGACCUCCACUCCGGCUCUCCCUACAGCUCCCUGCCCUCCCACCACUCCAUCAUCAAACAGGAACCAGGAUGGGGGACCUCCGACACCAUAGAGGACCCUCACUGUGGACUCGGGGCCUUCACCGUGCACUUCUCAGGCCAGUUCACGGGAUCUGGCCCCUGUCGAGUUGGGGCCUUUGGAGAGACGACUGCAGGUCAACCCAGGAUGUUUCCCAGUGGGACCUACCUGCCCGGCUGCAUGGAGACUACUCCUGCACCCAGGAACCAGGGUUACGGAGCGCUGAGUUUCGACAGCAACCCCAGUUAUGGUCACACUCCGUCUCACCACACCCCUCAGCUCUCCAGCCUGUCCUUCAAACACGAGGACACGCUGUCACCGCCAAACAACAUAGUUGAGCAGCAGUACCCGGCUCCUCCUCCCAUGUUCGGUUGCCACAAUCCCCCAGAAUCCUGUCCGAGCAGCCAAGCCCUGCUGCUGAGAAACUACAACAGCGAUAACCUGUACCAAAUGGCGUCUCAGCUGGACUGUGUCACAUGGAACCAAAUGAACACUCUUGCAUCUUCCAUAAAGAGCGGACACCCUACCAGCUACGACAGUGACCCCACAGUCCCAACUCCAUCCAUGCUGGUCAGUGCCCAGUACCACAUACACACACAUGGAGUCUUAAGAGGACUUCAGGAUGUUCGACGGGUAGCUAGUAUCGCUCCGCCAGUUAUGAGGUCAACUGAGGCCAACGAAAAGCGUCCGUUUGUCUGCGCUCAUCCUGGCUGCAGCAAGAAAUACUUCAAACUGUCACAUCUGCAGAUGCACGGCCGCAAACACACAGGAGAGAAGCCUUACCCGUGUGACUUCCCGGACUGUGGACGCAGAUUCUCUCGCUCGGACCAGCUAAAGAGGCACCAGCGUAGACAUACAGGGGUGAAGCCGUUUGAGUGCGAGACAUGUCAGAGAAGGUUUUCACGUUCAGAUCAUCUUAAGACGCACACGCGGACUCAUACAGGUAAAACAAGUGAGAAGCCCUUUACCUGCCGCUGGGCCAACUGUCAGAAGAAGUUCGCCCGCUCUGACGAGCUGAUGCGCCACCACAGCAUGCACCAGAGGAACCUGAGCAAGCUGCAGCCUGCCAUCUGAGCAGCCAGAGGAGGAAGACGAAGAGGAAGAGGAAGGUGACGAGAUGUUGUGCCAGCUAGCAGAUAAAAAGCUGCCGGAGCCUGGUCAGCGACUGUGGUUCUGUGCCAGACUCGAUGAAGUGCGAGCACAGCUGAUGCCUCCCUUGACCGGCCAGCGAAAAAGAGACUCUGAUGAUCCUCGAGAUCUCUGAGAUGUUAUCUGACCUAAAAACUCUAUCUGAGCCAAAGAUGAUUUUUAAAAAGCGGGAUGAGAAAGAUGUUAAUACACUAUGUUGGAUAUAUUUUAAUACACUUGCACUGGCUUCUUUUUUUUAUCAUUUUAAUUGUGUCACUCUGAAAAUGUGCUGGACGAUGUAAACUGGAUUUAGGAAUUGGACAAUGUGUCUUUUUUUAUGUCCAUAAAGUUGAACACCCAGAAGUUUAGCUUCGGGAAUGUGAACAUCUUUAUAUUAACUUACAGUAUACAUGAUACUUACCUACUUGCUCUGUAUAUAUGUGGUGUAUUUGCUUCCAUUUAUAGACAUUCCUUUUUGUACUUUAAUGCUUUUUUUUAAGUUGAUAAAAUUUGGAGUCACUUCUCUGUCAAA